AUGGAUUCAGAUCUAGGAGAUGUGACUAACGCCGUGAGAUACGGAAACUUAGAUGUGACUAACGCCGUGAGAGACGGAAACUUAGAUGCGACUAACGCCGUGAGAUACGGAAACUUAGAUGUGACUAACGCCGUGAGAUACGGAAACUUAGAUGUGACUAACGCCGUGAGAUACGGAAACUUAGAUGUGACUAACGCCGUGAGAUACGGAAACUUAGAUGUGACUAACGCCGUGAGAGACGGAAACUUAGAUGUGACUAACGCCGUGAGAUACGGAAACUUAGAUGUGACUAACGCCGUGAGAUACGGAAACUUAGAUGUGACUAACGCCGUGAGAGACGGAAACUUAGAUGUGACUAACACCGUGAGAGAUAAAAACAUUGAUAUCACUAGCGUCCAGAUACGGAUACAUUGA